AUGGAACCACCAGACCGCCAUCAGAGUCGACACUCCGACGGCCGGAGAGUGGAGACUCCGACCUCUAGACGGGAUGCAGCUUCACGAAGUCGGAGUCGACUACGUGAUGACGCUCGAAGUCCCCCGAGAGAGAGGAGUCGAAGCCAGCGGACUUUACGAAGUCCAGACAGGCAAGAUGAAGACUUGGAGCAAGACCGUGCGCGAAUCAAGGCUUUAGAAGCUGAACUGCUGAGGGAACGCGAGCGUUUACUUCGUUCGGAGCGGUGUCGAUCCACUUCUAUGCGACGCGACAUGUAUGAGCGUGAAGAGGUGCCGAGACGCCGCGAUCACCACAGUCUACGCCCUGCCACAUCGAGCCAGUGCGGUGAUGACAACAGGCGCGGUUGGCAACGAGAGCAAGCAGAGCGCCGGAACGACGACGACGGAUAUACAAGGUCACGUAGCCCCUCUAUUUCAAAAAAAGAUUUGAUUGAUAUUUUCAAUUGCCUGAAAGAAGGUCUGACGUCUCAUCCGUCUACCAGUGAAGCGCGGCCUACAUCUAAAAUUGAUCACACUAAUAUGUUGCCAAAUUUUGAUCCCUCCGCGAAAAAUCAACGCAUUGAGGUCUGGCUGAAAAAGGUCAACGAGUGCGCCACUGUUUACGGAUGGGACGACAGGACUAUUAUUCACUUUGCAACGCAAAACUUCAAGGUUUGGCCAAAACCUGGUAUGAGGGGUUAA